AUGUCUCAAGUUCUGGACUCGCUGGAUUCCCCUAUGGUGUGCAGGAUUUUAGGGGGAGCUGGAUGUACCUGGGGGCAAGAUUCAGCAGGUGAUCAUGGCCAGCAGUAUAUUGAAGCACAAAUUCGAGAAAUUCAAGGAAAAAAGCCUGCUCUUGAUGAAGCACAAGGAGUAGGCCUUGAUUCCACAGGAUAUUAUGAUCAAGAAAUUUAUGGUGGCAGUGACAGCAGGUUUGCUGGAUAUGUCACUUCUAUUGCAGCAACUGAAUUGGAAGAUGAUGAUGAUGACUACCCUUCUACAAGUUUGCUUGGCCAGAAGAAGCCAGGGUACCAUGCUCCAGUGGCAUUGCUUAAUGACAUACCACAGUCUACUGAACAGUAUGAUCCUUUUGCAGAACACCGUCCUCAAAAGAUUGCAGAUCGGGAAGAUGAGUACAAAAAGCACAGGCGGAUGAUGAUAAUUUCCCCUGAGCGUCUUGAUCCUUUUGCAGAUGGAGGGAAGACACCAGAUCCUAAAAUGAAUGCCAGAACGUACAUGGAUGUUAUGCGUGAACAGCAUUUAACAAAAGAAGAGAGGGAAAUUAGGCAGCAACUAGCUGAAAAAGCUAAAGCUGGAGAGCUUAAAGUCGUCAACGGAGCCGCAUCUCAGCCACCUUCAAAACGCAAACGGCGUUGGGAUCAGACAGCUGAUCAGACUCCCGGUGCUACACCUAAAAAAUUAUCCAGCUGGGAUCAAGCAGAGACUCCUGGACAUACACCAUCUCUGCGAUGGGAUGAAACUCCAGGCCGUGCAAAGGGUAGUGAAACUCCUGGUGCCACCCCAGGCUCAAAAAUAUGGGAUCCGACUCCCAGUCAUACACCAGCAGGAGCUGCAACACCUGGACGGGACACGCCGGGUCAUGCAACACCAGGCCAUGGAGGUGCCACUUCCAGUGCACGUAAAAAUCGAUGGGAUGAAACACCUAAAACAGAAAGAGAUACUCCGGGACAUGGCAGUGGAUGGGCUGAGACGCCUCGUACAGAUAGAGGUGGUGACUCCAUUGGUGAGACACCAACCCCAGGAGCAAGUAAAAGAAAGUCACGAUGGGAUGAAACACCUGCUAGCCAGAUGGGUGGCAGCACUCCUGUUCUGACACCUGGCAAAACACCCAUUGGUACACCAGCUAUGAACAUGGCAACUCCUACACCAGGUCAUAUCAUGAGCAUGACUCCUGAGCAGCUGCAGGCUUGGCGUUGGGAAAGGGAAAUUGAUGAGAGAAACAGACCACUUUCUGAUGAAGAAUUGGAUGCUAUGUUUCCAGAAGGAUAUAAGGUUCUUCCCCCACCAGCUGGUUAUGUACCUAUUCGCACUCCAGCUCGUAAGCUUACAGCAACUCCAACACCUUUGGGUGGUAUGACUGGAUUCCACAUGCAGACAGAAGACCGAACUAUGAAGAGUGUUAAUGACCAACCAUCUGGCAAUCUUCCAUUCCUAAAACCAGAUGAUAUCCAAUACUUUGAUAAACUGCUGGUUGACGUUGAUGAAUCAACUCUAAGUCCUGAAGAACAGAAGGAGAGAAAAAUAAUGAAAUUACUUCUGAAAAUAAAGAAUGGCACACCUCCCAUGAGAAAGGCUGCGUUGCGACAAAUUACUGAUAAAGCUCGGGAAUUCGGAGCAGGGCCGUUGUUUAAUCAGAUUCUGCCUCUGCUGAUGUCACCAACACUUGAAGAUCAGGAGCGUCACUUGCUUGUCAAAGUCAUUGACAGAAUUCUUUACAAACUGGAUGACUUGGUCCGACCAUACGUACACAAGAUCCUUGUUGUCAUUGAACCACUGCUCAUUGAUGAAGACUAUUAUGCUAGAGUGGAAGGCAGAGAAAUUAUUUCAAACUUGGCUAAGGCUGCUGGUUUGGCAACAAUGAUCUCCACAAUGCGACCUGAUAUUGAUAAUAUGGAUGAGUAUGUCCGAAAUACAACAGCUCGAGCCUUUGCUGUUGUUGCCUCUGCUUUGGGCAUUCCUUCUCUGCUACCCUUCUUGAAAGCUGUCUGUAAAAGCAAAAAAUCCUGGCAGGCUAGGCAUACUGGCAUCAAGAUUGUACAGCAGAUUGCUAUUCUUAUGGGAUGUGCUAUCUUGCCUCAUCUCAGGAGCUUGGUUGAAAUUAUUGAACACGGUCUGGUGGAUGAGCAGCAGAAAGUUCGCACCAUCAGUGCUUUGGCUAUUGCUGCUUUGGCUGAGGCAGCUACUCCCUAUGGUAUUGAGUCAUUUGAUUCUGUUCUGAAGCCUUUAUGGAAGGGUAUACGUCAACACAGAGGAAAGGGUUUGGCUGCCUUUUUGAAGGCUAUUGGUUACCUGAUUCCACUCAUGGAUGCUGAGUAUGCAAACUAUUAUACCAGAGAAGUCAUGCUAAUCCUUAUCAGAGAGUUCCAGUCUCCUGAUGAAGAGAUGAAAAAAAUUGUGUUGAAGGUGGUAAAGCAGUGUUGUGGUACGGAUGGUGUUGAAGCAAACUACAUUAAAACAGAAAUCUUGCCACCUUUUUUCAAACACUUCUGGCAGCACAGAAUGGCAUUGGACAGAAGAAAUUACAGACAGUUGGUUGAUACAACUGUGGAGCUGGCAAAUAAAGUUGGAGCAGCAGAAAUUAUUUCUAGAAUUGUGGAUGAUCUGAAAGAUGAGGCUGAGCAGUACAGAAAAAUGGUCAUGGAAACAAUUGAGAAGAUAAUGGGAAAUCUGGGGGCAGCAGACAUUGAUCAUAAACUGGAAGAACAACUUAUUGAUGGUAUUUUGUACGCCUUUCAGGAACAGACCACAGAGGAUUCUGUGAUGCUGAAUGGUUUUGGCACAGUCGUUAAUGCUCUAGGCAAAAGAGUUAAACCCUACUUGCCACAAAUCUGUGGUACGGUUUUGUGGCGUUUGAACAACAAAUCAGCUAAAGUUAGGCAGCAGGCUGCUGACCUGAUCUCUCGUACUGCAGUUGUCAUGAAGACUUGUCAAGAGGAAAAACUGAUGGGACACUUGGGUGUUGUGUUAUAUGAGUACCUGGGUGAAGAAUAUCCUGAAGUACUCGGCAGCAUACUCGGCGCACUUAAGGCUAUUGUGAAUGUUAUAGGUAUGCACAAGAUGACGCCACCAAUCAAAGAUCUGCUGCCACGGCUUACACCUAUUUUGAAGAACAGACAUGAGAAAGUACAGGAAAAUUGUAUUGAUCUUGUUGGGCGCAUUGCAGACCGAGGUGCAGAAUAUGUUUCUGCAAGAGAAUGGAUGAGGAUCUGCUUUGAACUGCUUGAAUUAUUAAAAGCUCACAAGAAAGCAAUCCGAAGAGCCACAGUGAACACUUUUGGUUAUAUUGCGAAAGCUAUCGGACCUCACGAUGUAUUGGCUACACUGCUAAAUAACUUGAAAGUACAGGAAAGGCAGAACAGAGUGUGUACUACAGUAGCAAUUGCUAUUGUAGCUGAAACAUGCUCACCUUUCACAGUGCUGCCUGCACUCAUGAAUGAAUACAGAGUUCCAGAGUUGAAUGUCCAGAAUGGUGUGUUAAAAUCUCUUUCUUUCCUCUUUGAAUACAUUGGAGAGAUGGGAAAAGAUUACAUUUAUGCUGUUACACCAUUGCUUGAAGAUGCUUUAAUGGACAGGGAUCUUGUACACAGACAAACAGCCAGUGCUGUGGUGCAACAUAUGUCUCUUGGUGUUUAUGGGUUUGGCUGUGAAGAUUCUCUUAAUCAUUUGUUAAAUUACGUAUGGCCUAAUGUGUUUGAAACCUCUCCUCACGUCAUUCAGGCAGUUAUGGGGGCUCUGGAGGGCCUCAGAGUUGCUAUUGGUCCCUGCAGAAUGUUGCAGUAUUGUUUACAGGGUUUGUUUCACCCUGCCAGGAAAGUCAGAGAUGUUUAUUGGAAGAUUUAUAAUUCGAUCUACAUCGGAUCACAGGAUGCUCUGAUAGCACAUUAUCCAAGAAUCUAUAACGAUGAAAAGAACACCUAUAUUCGUUAUGAACUUGAUUACAUCUUAUAAUCUUCUUGUUCAGUUGUUUGUGUUUAAUGCACAGCUGUUCUUCAAUUAAACGCUUCAGAUUUGAUGAUGUAAAAUUUUAAAAUAUUGGAGAUCAGUAUAGACCUGGUCAGAGGCAGAGCUAGGAAUCCAGUAGCAUGAUUUUUUAAAUAUGUCCUUGUUUUUUGAUGUUAAACAGUUAAAGCCAGUAGUGACCAAGAAAACAGUGAUUACAAUGUACUGGAGGGAUUUCAUUUUGGAUUCAUCUUUAUGAAGAUUUAGAUUUCAUUCCUUGUGUUUAAAGGGGAAGUUUAUUUGAGAAAUAAACAUUUGUGUAUAAAAACUAAUUUGUGUGUGGUUUUUGGACAGAGGGGCUUGUAAAACGAGUCCCUUUGGAUUAAGUAUUUGUUCAUGUAAUAAAUAGGUGGCAUAAAACAUUUUAACCCUUUUUGUCAUCCCCUAGCUUUUGAAUAAAUAAGAAAAACAUACAAACUGUA